AUGUUCGUAGUUUUCCAUUUUCUAGCGACUUUUCUCGUCCUAGGCAUUUCUGCACAAGGCUAAAGAACCUCUUCUUGCCCUCGCCGACGAUCUGCGCUUUGACCGUGAAGUGCCUCGUCAUCUGGUAAAGUUUGAGGGAGAAGGGGAGAGAUCAGAUCACUGUAGCAGUGAUGGAGAUCUUUGGCUCUCUCCACGGAAGGGCGGCGCUUCUUAUUCUACCGCUGGCGGUGGCUGCGUUGUUGAUUUCGCCGUCGGCGGCGGAGAUCCGCCAGACUGAGGUGAAAAAUGAUGCCCGAACGAUAAUACCCUUCGACGAGUUCGGAUUUACACGUAGUGGCGUUCUCGAUCUCAAAGUCUCCAGGAUCUCCCUCUCGGAUACCAAUCCUGACCUCGAUUUGUCUCAGCUAGGGUUUUUCCUCAGCACACGCGACACCUGGAUCCACGUUUUGCAGCAGAUCCAGGAGCUGGAUGUCACCUGCGCUCUUCAAUCAGAGCUCGUCAAGCUCGUCUACACCUUCGAUUAUCUCCCGGCCGCUGCUCCGGCCGGCCGCGCGACUAGCUUUGGUUCCCUUUUCAACGUAACCGUUCCGGGUCAGUACACCCUUCUUUUCGCUAAUUGUCUUCCUCAGAUUCACGUCUCUAUGUCUGUUCGAUCCGCUAUGUACAACAUUGAGCCUGGCUCUGGGCGCAGCGUCUACCUCUCCGCCGGUUCCGCCAACCUGCCGUUUGUCUAUUUCCUUUUCUUUCUAGUUUAUGGCAGCCUUGCGGCGCUAUGGGUUUCUGUUUUGUUACGUAAGAGGCAGACCGCUUACCGAAUCCACUACUUCAUGCUGGCCGUUGUCAUUCUCAAGGCGCUUAAUCUUAUAUGCGAGGCUGAAGACAAAUUGUAUAUUGAACGUACUGGCAGUGCCCAUGGAUGGGACGUUCUCUUCUACAUCUUUAGUUUCUUGAAAGGAAUAUCCUUAUUCACUCUGAUUGUCCUGAUUGGUACUGGUUGGUCCUUCCUUAAACCGUAUCUUCAGGACAAGGAAAAGAAAGUGCUCAUGAUUGUAAUCCCUCUCCAGGUCGUUGCAAACAUAGCUCAGGUGGUGAUUGAUGAGUCUGGACCUUACGCCAGAGAUUGGGUUACAUGGAAGCAAGUCUUUCUUCUUGUCGAUGUCAUUUGCUGCUGUGCUGUUCUCUUCCCUAUUGUCUGGUCCAUUAAAAACCUUCGUGAGGCGGCUAGGACGGAUGGCAAAGCUGCUGUUAACCUUAUGAAGCUUACACUUUUCCGGCAAUACUAUAUUGUAGUAAUUUGCUACAUCUACUUUACUCGAGUUGUGGUUUACGCCUUGGUUACUAUUACCUCUUAUAGAUAUCUUUGGACCAGUGUGGUAGCUGGGGAGCUGGCUACCCUUGCUUUCUAUAUCUUUACAGGAUACAAGUUUAGGCCUGAGGUCCACAACCCAUAUUUUGUAAUUGAUGAUGAAGAAGAGGAGGCAGCGGCAGAGGCUAUCAAGCUUGAGGACGAAUUUGAAUUAUGAUUACAGGUAUAAAGGGUUGUUAGAAAUUGUAUUUUAUUGUUCGCCCAUGAGAAUUUACCCUGCACAACUGCCCCAUCUUGGGGAGGUUUCAGCGUCACGUAGUAGUAUUUGGUUUAUUUUACUUGAUAUUUUUGUCACUCCUUUACCUAUGUAAAUGGGGAUUCCUGUUCAAAUCCUCAUAUGGAACUUCCAUUUGUUAUCAUGUGUACCUGCAGUAACAUUUUGCCAUGGAAGUUUGGGGCUUUAUUGUCUAUAUUGAUUUCUGACUGGUUACAAUCCUUGAUUUUAUAGUUUCUCUGAAAAUUUAAUAUACUUCUGGUGUUUCAACACAAA